AUGCCUCCUAGAAAAUCUGAUCGAGUUCGAGCAAUCGAGGACAGGGUCGGCAGACCUUUGUACUCCGACACAGCCAGAAGAGCCAGUUCAGUCGGUGCAGCACCAGCAAGAUCUAAUGCAAGAAGAUCAAGCGUUAGAUCAGCAACAACCGAGCAUGACGGCAGAGGACGAGAGACUGAUGAUGUCCCUCCACAACAGCAACUUUUGCAACUGGAAGAAAGCUUACGAAUCAAAUCCGAACAACACGAGGGCUAUAGAGAUCUAUCUGUCCUUGUGGAAGAACUCUCACAACUCGUUACACUCCUCCUGGGCGAGGAGGAAGUCUGA